AUGAACUGCACAUGCUCGCUAACCUGUUUUUAUUUCAAACCAUAAACACUGAAACGCGCAUUACCCGUAUAUUGUUGUCAAUUAACGUAGCUCUGUUAUUCACUAUGUAGUUAGCCUGUAAUAAUAAUAAUAAUAAUAAUAAUAUUAAUAACAACAAUGUUUACACAUUUGUAGUUCGGUCUCGGUGUUCGCAUCUGGCGUUGUUGGUGUUUAGCUAGCUACUAAGCUAGCGGGUUUGACAAGAAGCUGAUUUGUUGCAUCAGCUCAUAUUUGCUUCUCAAAGCUGCAUGAUUUAAAGAUUGAUUUGUAGUUUUAUUUUUACUGUUUAAUUUCCAUUUGCAAGAUGGCAUCGAUGACGGCUACGGAACCCGGUUUAAAUCCAGCAUCAAUACCGACCACAGAAUCUUUGGUUCCUGCUUGUAUGUUUGCUCCGUCAAGCCGGGGAUGUGGGGAUGAUGACGGGGCAGAGAGCAUUGAAGACGGCGAGACGUUCAACGGCGAGGCCGGGGAUCACGGAAUAGAUUUCUCCAGCAAGUUGGCGCUUGUCAGCCCCAAUGGCGAACAGUAUGACUCCUUACUCCGGCAGCUCCAUGAAAGGAUGGACGAGGGAUGCGGGGAGACCAUUUAUGUGGUGGGAGUAGGUUCAGAUGGAGGGGACUAUGGCCUGAAUGAGAGCGAUAUGGAGGCGUCUGUGGCAACGGUACAGUCUCUGUGUGAGCAGAUAGAGUCAGACCUAAUCCUGCUCAGAGAGCGCAGUGAAACAGGGGGCCGGGUCCGGGAUUACCUUAUUCGCCGCCGUGUGGGUGAAGCUGACUUUCUGGAGGUCAGGGUUGCUGUGGUAGGGAAUGUGGAUGCGGGUAAAAGUACCCUUCUGGGUGUGCUCACACACGGAGAGCUUGAUAAUGGACGUGGCUUCGCACGGCAGAAACUCUUCAGGCACAAGCAUGAGAUGGAGAGUGGCCGCACGAGCAGCGUGGGCAACGACAUACUGGGCUUCGACCAAGAGGGCCAGGUGGUCAACAAGCCUGACAGUCAUGGGGGCAGCCUGGACUGGACCAAGAUAUGUGAGAAGUCCUCUAAAGUAAUCACAUUCAUUGACUUGGCAGGUCAUGAGAAAUAUCUGAAGACCACUGUGUUUGGCAUGACUGGACACCUGCCUGACUUCUGCAUGCUAAUGGUAGGAAGCAAUGCGGGCAUUGUGGGCAUGACAAAAGAGCAUCUGGGCUUAGCGCUAGCUCUCAAUGUGCCUGUGUUUGUGGUGGUCACUAAAAUAGACAUGUGUCCAGCUAACAUUCUUCAAGAGACACUAAAACUGCUGCAGAGGUUGCUCAAGUCUCCUGGCUGCCGAAAGAUCCCGGUCCUCGUUCAGAACAAAGACGACGUCAUAGUCACAGCGUCCAACUUUAGCUCAGAGAGAAUGUGCCCCAUUUUCCAGAUUUCUAAUGUCACAGGAGAGAAUAUGGACCUGCUGAAGAUGUUCCUGAACCUGCUGUCCUCCAGAACGUCAUUUAAAGAUGAUGAGCCUGCUGAGUUCCAGAUAGACGAUACCUAUUCCGUACCUGGUGUGGGCACUGUAGUAUCGGGAACUACUUUGCGUGGACUGAUACGGCUAAAUGACACCAUGUUGCUGGGGCCAGAUCCUCUGGGUGCAUUCAUCUCCAUAGCUGUCAAAUCUAUCCACCGCAAGAGGAUGCCAGUGAAAGAAGUCCGUGGUGGGCAGACUGCAUCCUUUGCUCUGAAAAAGAUAAAGCGCUCGUCUAUAAGAAAAGGAAUGGUGAUGGUGUCGCCCCGAUUAAACCCACAGGCCUCUUGGGAGUUUGAGGCAGAGAUACUGGUGCUUCAUCACCCGACAACUAUCUCACCUAGAUACCAGGCAAUGGUGCAUUGUGGUAGCAUCAGGCAGACAGCCACCAUCUUGACCAUGAACCGUGAUUGCUUACGAACAGGGGACAAGGCCACAGUACACUUCCGCUUCAUUAAAACCCCUGAAUACCUGCAUGUGGACCAGAGGCUGGUUUUCAGGGAGGGCCGGACCAAAGCUGUAGGCACCAUCACCAAGCUUCUUCAGUCAACAAAUAAUCAGCCAUCAAACUCGAAACCCCCCCAAAUCAAAAUGCAGUCGACAAAAAAAGUUGCACCAAAGAGAGAGGACGGAACAGUCUUAUCCACAGACGAGGUACCCAGCCCUGGAACAGCAGCAAGUACAGUCCCAGCCCAGCAACAAACAGAGGGGGAGGAAGACCCCCAGACUAAGGAGGGCAGCAAAGAAAACAAGGUAAAGUUAGUCACCAUUACAAAAUGGCUCACUUUUUCCCAGCAUGAGUGAGACGACUAUGCUUCUCAGAGUACAAGACCCCAAACCUCACUCUGAAAUUUAAGGCACAGUAGUUCUUCAGCUGUGCCUCAUCUGAGUAGUCACUAGUUACAAUGCAUAAAUUAAUUUGCAUCCAGUAUUAUCACUAAAGUAAAGUGGUAAUUAUGUAUAUUUAUUGUUUUGGCAGUAUCUCUGUCAUUAGAAAUGGACCAACUCUUUUUCCAUCCAAAUGAGGUUUAAAAAAAAAAGUGGGCCUUCAUUUGGAAUACUUUUGAUUUUAGAAUAUGUAAAGCAUUCAUGUGCCUCAGAUAAAGUCCCAUAAUCAGAAUUGAUGUACACAGAUACCUACCAGGCAAAGCACAUGAAUGUAACAACAUUUAAUGACCUAUGAAAGCAAGAACAAUGAGUGAUUUGUUGAGUGAUGUCAUAUCUGGCUGUUAGUUUGAAUGACUGACUGACUAAUUUUCAGUGAAGUUUAAAAACAGGUAGUGAGUAAAUUUCUCUCUCAACCUUUUAUUUUACUUUUGGGAUCAAGAUCAGGGCCUAGUGUGGCUACUGUUACAGUGGUCUGACUGAUGCCCUGCAUUGCAUGCUGCAGUGGGCUAUGUGCUACAAUCCAUCCUGUCCCCAUUAAUUCCUUUUUCCUGCAACUGCUCAAUACUACUACUUCCCCUACUGAAAAAGACUCUAGCUGUUGUAUGAAUGUUUUUGAGGCUCAGGGUC